AUUGGACCGUUGAAACUGUGAAAAUCAGUUAUCUUAUCAUUCGAUUUCUCUGGGUUCAAACUUCAAAUGCACCUAUUUCACUAUCACAAUUCACAACACCAAACAAUACAUGAAAUUUAGGAGACUCAGCCAGGCCAGAACGCAUAGUGUUUCCCAGGCCUGCCUCGAGUGUCUAAGUCUGUUUUCUCUAGGUCCAUAAGCAACAGAGCUUUCAUAAUUCCAACCUUAUCUUCAAGAUGGAGAACACCACAUGGGAGCAGAGACUACAGGCACUAACCCACAUCCUAACCAGCCCCACCACAACACCAUCCCUCCACUCUCAAUUCCUAAUCUCCACACAAAUCCCAUGCUACAUCAACUGGGAUUACCCACCAAUCCUCUGCACCAACGGCACAUCCACCUUCCCUUCAGUCCAUUUCCGGUGGGUAUUCUCCCAUUUUCUCAAAAGGGCAUCCAGACUAGGGUUGCCGGAGACUUCUUGGAGGUGUAAGUGUCCGUACCAAGUGCCUCCGCCGCUGAUUCUUGCGAAGGGAGUAGAGGAAGCAGAGUGGGGGGAUGAGCAAAGAAGAGAGUAUGUUAGAAAUAGGCUUAGAAGGAAAAAACUUGGCUGUAAUAUUAAUCCUGCUAUUCCUAUUUUAGUUCCUAAUAUGUUUCUGUUUUCACUUUUGCUCUGGAAUCCAUUUCCUGAUCUUGAAUCUUGAAUUAUUACAUAAUCUGUUGCUGGGAUUUUGGAUUAUAGUAAUUCUGGUUUUAUCUUAA